CCAAGUUGUUUAUGCGUCGAUCUAUCUACAGUUACAGAUCUCUCUCUCUUCCAUGGCAACUGCAGAGGUAAUCGAGGCGAGGAAGAUGCCUCGCCCCGGUCGAGGUGGAGUCAUCUCUCACGGACUCACCGAAGAAGAAGCCCGAGUUCGAGCCAUAGCCGAGAUAGUGAAUACCAUGGUAGAGCGCUCACGAAGUGGACAAAACGUCGACCUCAACGCCCUAAAGUCCGCUGCUUGUCGCAAGUACGGCCUUUCUCGUGCCCCGAAACUCGUCGAGAUGAUCGCAGCAUUGCCCGAGUCAGAACGCGAGUCUCUGCUCCCAUGCCUCAAAGCAAAGCCUGUCCGUACAGCUUCUGGUAUUGCCGUCGUUGCUGUCAUGUCGAAACCCCAUCGGUGUCCUCACAUUGCCACCACUGGGAACAUCUGUGUGUACUGUCCUGGGGGACCUGACUCUGAUUUCGAGUAUAGCACUCAGUCUUACACUGGGUACGAACCCACCAGUAUGCGAGCAAUUCGUGCCCGAUACAACCCAUAUGUACAGGCUAGAAGCAGAAUAGACCAACUGAAGCGUCUGGGCCAUAGUGUCGAUAAGGUUGAAUUCAUCUUAAUGGGUGGUACAUUUAUGUCACUGCCAUCUGAAUAUCGUGAUUAUUUUAUACGGAAUCUUCAUGAUGCUUUGUCUGGACAUACUUCUGCCAAUGUCGAGGAGGCUGUUUCAUACUCUGAGCAUGGUGCAACAAAGUGUAUCGGCAUGACUAUUGAAACGAGGCCAGAUUAUUGCCUGGGGCCUCAUUUGCAGCAAAUGCUUUCUUAUGGUUGUACUCGGUUGGAGAUAGGAGUUCAAAGUACGUAUGAGGAUGUUGCCCGUGACACUAAUAGAGGGCAUACCGUAGCUGCUGUAGCUGAUUGUUUUUGCUUGGCAAAAGAUGCUGGUUUUAAGGUUGUUGCUCACAUGAUGCCUGAUCUUCCAAAUGUUGGUGUGGAGAGGGAUUUAGAAAGUUUCCGGGAAUUCUUUGAAAGCCCAUUAUUUAGGGCAGAUGGUCUUAAAAUAUACCCCACACUUGUAAUUCGUGGUACUGGGCUUUAUGAGUUAUGGAAGACUGGCAGUUAUAGAAAUUAUCCACCAGAGCAACUUGUGGACAUAAUAGCAAGGAUUCUUGCCAUGGUACCUCCUUGGACGCGUGUUUAUAGAGUGCAGAGGGACAUACCUAUGCCUUUAGUUACUUCUGGAGUUGAGAAGGGAAAUCUUAGGGAGCUGGCUUUGGCUCGGAUGGAUGACUUGGGUUUGAAAUGCCGUGAUGUUAGAACUCGUGAAGCUGGAAUUCAGGACAUUCACCAUAAGAUUAAGCCUGAGGAAGUGGAGCUGGUCCGACGUGAUUAUACAGCAAAUGAGGGUUGGGAAACUUUUCUCUCAUAUGAAGAUACACGCCAGGAUAUUCUUGUUGGCUUGUUGCGUUUACGGAAAUGCGGCAGGAACACAACAUGCCCAGAACUCAUGGGGAAAUGUUCAAUUAUUCGGGAACUCCAUGUUUAUGGAACUGCAGUUCCAGUGCAUGGACGGGAUGCCGACAAACUGCAGCACCAGGGCUAUGGGACACUUCUGAUGGAAGAGGCAGAGAGGAUUGCACGUUGGGAACAUAGAUCAACAAAAGUAGCUGUAAUUUCAGGUGUUGGAACCCGACAUUACUAUAGGAAACUGGGUUAUGAGCUUGAAGGGCCAUACAUGGUAAAAUAUCUUGUUUAAUAAAUAGUAAUGUGAUAGUCACAAUUUUCUAAUCUUUUCUCAAGUGUAAUGUAAGAACCAAAAUCCACACAUUUGUGUUGGGGAAAUUAGAUAUCAUAAUUGGAAAGAACACACAUUCGCAUGC